AGAGGAGGGAGGGUACAGUACGAGAGGAAGGGGGUUGAUGAUGUCGCCAAGGCCACGCCCACCUGCACAGGCUAUAGAUGGCGGCGUUUCAGGGGUCCACCUCUCCACACCGAGGACGUCCGACGGCUGAACAAGUCCUAAGACUGCAGAGAGAGACUUAGUGAAGUUGUCCAGCUCCUGGUCGCUCCUCAUCCUCCUCAAACCUCUUCAUCAUCCUCCUCAAACCUCUUCAUCAUCCUCCUCAUCCUCGUCUGCUGGAAGCUGAAGCUCUGAGGUCAUGGCGAGCGUCACUCUCCUACGAGUCCUCGUCCUGCUGCUCGGAGGGACAAUUCUCCUCAACGGCGUCCCCGCUCAGAGGAUCAGAGUGCGUCGUCAGAACAUGAAGGUUCGGAUCAACGCCACCGGCGACACCAUCGUGAUGAAGUUCGUGCGUCCGAGUCCCGACGUGAAGCUGGAGGGUUACAUUCUGGGCUACGGCAGCAGCAUGUUCUCCAAACAGUUCAUCCAACUGCCCGAGAACGGACAACCGUACGAGACCGAGAUGGACGCGGAGCCGAAGUACCUGGUGGCCGUCCAGCCUAUCCCAGUCAACGACGUGAAGAAACACUGCACAGGGAAGGUGAACCUGGAGAAGCCGCUCCACCUGGUGAUCGGUUCCGUCAGCCCGACGGCGGUGCUGCUGUCCUGGGGAAACUCCCUGAAGACGCCUUACGAAGGGAACAUCAUGAACGAGUGUCUGGAGGACGGGUUCUACACCAUCCGCUACAGAGAGAGGAACAGGAAGUGGAUCUAUCAGACCUGCCCGACCAGCGACACUGUCAUCGACAACCUCAAACCCAACACGCCCUACGAGUUCGGCGUCCGGUCCAACAAGGACGACCGCAGUGGCAUGUGGAGUAAAGCGGUCAUCCACAACACCAACAUGGGCAAUAAGAACACACAGAAGCCGUACAAGCUGCGCAAUCCUCUCGCAAAGCCGCUGAAACCUCUCGGCCCACACUCGCUCUUCCCUCCUCGUCCCGCUCUGCACAACAGGACUCGACUCUCUCCUCUGCUCAAAAACCCGGCGUUCCCCGGAGCUCCUCGCACUUCUUUUGCGCCGCCUGAGAGCCAGCAGGAAACGUUACCUCCGCCCGGCUCCGCAGAGCCUAAAUGGCCUCAUGUGUCACUCGACAAAGGAAACUCUGUUAGAAAUGACACCAACCGACCAGUGGAUCGUCCUCCUGCCCUCCCCCAACUCCUGCACACCAAAGCCCCUCUCUCCAGUGCCACAACCACCCCCUUCCUUAAAUUAUCCUCCAAUGGCGACUUGCGUCAGGGGCAGACUACUAAGGCGCCCACUAAUGCACCCGAGAAGCCUCAUAACCCUGCUGCUUUCGGCAAAUCACAGGAUGGAUCAUCGCUGCUGAGCACAGCUCUGGCCAAUGAGAGAGCCAAAAAUAACAACUGGGGUCAAGGCAGCAAAAGAAUUCUCUCUCCGACACUGCCUUUGCAGCCUUACAACCCGGCAGCUACCACGGUUGUCAGAUCCAUGAGGCCUGCAUCGAGAAACCCCCUCUUUCCCUUCUCUAAUGGCCUAAGACAGCCCCACUCUUCCUCUAGACCCAGUAACUCAUCCCCAACCUCCGGGAUACUUGGGGUAAAUGGACAGCCGCACCGGGGCAUUUCCCCACCUAGACCAGCCAUAUGGUCCAGACCUCGACUGGUGAACAACUCCUUGCUGGAGGACAAGAAGUCUGAGUUCCCUGAAGUGUUUGGCCGUUCAAGUCCCACAGUUGAAGAGCGGUUUUAUGGAUCCCCUGCUCGCCCAAUCAUACCGAUCAACAAGAAACCAAACUUGGUGGGGAAACCCGGAGAAACGGACAAAGUGAACAACUUUAAGCUGACGGACAAGUUGCCGAUCCUGAAACCGAAAGUCCCAGCAGCAACCGCCAAACCGACCAAACAGGAACGCAAACAGACCACGACUGCUAUGCCAACAACAGCCACCAGUCGACAGGAAACCUGGGAGGACUCAGAGCUGUUUAAAUCCCAGCCAACCUCUGACGUCGACGCUUUGGGCAAGAAACGUUACGUGGCGCCUCACGUCGUCUACCAAACGGGGAAGAAACCGGACGAGCCUUGCUCCAUCACCUCCUCCCUCAACUACUUCCCUGAAGAUGAACCCGGCGAGGCAAAUGUGACGGGUCCGCCCAAGUCUCCGCCCUCCAACCUCACGGUAGUGACGGUGGAGGGAUGCCCAUCCUUUAUCAUCCUGGACUGGGAGAAAACUGACAAUGACACCACCGAGUAUGAAGUUAUCUCCACUGCUAAAGGACCUGACGGCGAGCAAGUUUCCAUCCUGACCACCAACCAGACUCACACCGCUGUGGAGAACCUCAUACCUGAGAGCAGCUACGAGUUCAAGGUGAAGCCAAAGAACGAGCUGGGCGCAGGUCCUCCCAGUGAACCCGUGACCUUCAACACAGAGUCGGCGGACCCGCGGGUGAGCGAGAAUGUCUCAGGAAAAGAUGCCAUCUGGACUCAGUUUCCCUUUAAGACGGACUCGUACUCCGACUGCCACGGCAAACAGUACGUGAAGAGGACCUGGUACCGAAAGUUUGUGGGCGUCCAGCUGUGCAACUCACUCAGGUAUAAGAUCUACCUGAGCGACUCGCUCAACGGUAAAUUCUACAACAUCGGAGAUCAGACCGGCUUCGGUGAGGAUCACUGUCAGUUUGUGGAUUCGUUCCUGGAUGGAAGAACCGGCAGGCAGCUCAGAGCCGACCAGCUACCGUCCAGACCCGGUUUCUACAGAGCGAUGCGUCAGGAACCUGUCCACUUUGGACAGAUUGGAGGACACUCCCACGUCAACUACGUCUCAUGGUACGAGUGUGGGACGCCCAUCCCCGGCAAGUGGUGAACACACUGAGUCGUCCUCAGAGACGCCCAGCGGAAAGAGACAGUCGCCUAGGCUGGGAUGGCGACAACAGCGGGGGUCCUCACGAAUCUGCCGGACCUCUGAACUGCCUCACUUUACCCACCCAGUGCUGUAAAAACAUGUACAGGACAUAAUCGUCAGGGAAUUAGUAACGAGAGAGCAUUUAAAGACAAAUAUGUAAUAGCAAACAUGCCUCAUCUUUACUAUUUAUCAAGCAACAAGGCAUUCGAUACGUGGAGGUUUCUCUGCAGCGUGAGGGGGGUGGCAAACUCACGCUAGAUAUAUUUUAUUUUGUGUUAAAAUAAUGGGAAGCUGGCUCCCUGGAAUACUAUUUUCAUAACUUGUGAGAUGUUAUUUAUCAAAAAGGUGUUUGAUUACAUUUCUCCAUGUUGGUCCAACAGAAGUCUUUUAUGAUGGUUCUGCUGUUCGAGCUCAUUCCUGUUGAUCCGCAUUAAAAGAGACUAACCGCCUGCUUGAUACCGGUCUACGCUUCCAUUAAAACCCGUCUGCUAGUCUCUAACUAACUAGUUAGCUACUGUUUUGCUAACAUCACCUAACUUAAGAUGUGACAUAUAUCUUUUAUUUUUUAACCAUCCUCAAAAUGUGGUUGUCUUUUCAACAUAGAUUAGUCUAACAUAUAGCAAAUCUAAGUACAGGGAAGGAGUCAUCUAAUUGGUUCAAAGAUAAAAGUGACAUAUAUACAUAGUUAAAACUUAAGUUAGCUAGCUAAUGUUAGCCAAACUAGCUAGCUUGCUACAUCAAUUAUUAGGUAGCUAGUUAGCUAGUGUUUUUUGUUACAGAGCAAAGCACAACAAGGUUAAAGUGGUUGGAAGUCUUUUACGACGGUUCUGCUGUUCGAGCUCAUUCCUGUUGAUCCACAUUAAAAGGUUUUAAAGGAACAACCGUAAUGCGAGUCUUCUACUGGCUACGAAGCUAGAAAAGCUGCUCCGUGUGGAGAAUAUGUGCGAUAAACUUGCUGGAUAUUCCGAUAUUUCUGCCUCAUGCGUGUACGUGCUCCGAGUACUACGACCACAGACCCGGAGAAUGAACUUGUAUACCACAGUAAUACAAUAUAUAUCAAAUUUUGUUUACGAAAAAGUGCCAGAAAAUUUAAACUGUUUGCAUUUAGAGCUGUUCUCAUCAGGUAACAAGACUAACGUAAGCUUUAGCAUAAUGAUAAAAACACAAUAAAGCUCUGAUGUUCAGUGCUUGAAACAUAUUUUUGGGAAAAUGGUCUAAAACCCGACGUCAAACAUCCGAUGUGCCGAUGUUACCGAAGCGAGCUGCUGACAACCAGCCGGCCGGAGGCUUCUUCACUUGCAAUUUGCACAACAGAAAUGUAUUUAUAUGUAUAUGGAGAGAAUGUAUGUUUUUAAUACAUUUUUGUCGAUGCAUUUCCCUCACAAUGGCCUUUUUGUUCUUUUUACUGUACGAUAAUGCGCUCUUCUUCUUCUUGUGGCCUCAUGCUAACGCAGGAUGAGAAGCUAACGGUGUAGCCUGAUAGCUAGCAAUUAAAACUCUAUGUACUGCAUUUGUAAAGCUUCUUUAUUUAUUCUACCCACGAAAGCUAAAGAACUUGCUAACCAGGCUAACGCGAACCCUGACUGAAGCAGCGUUAGCUUGGUUUGCAGGGAUUGUAAUGGCUACAAAUUCGAUUUUUAACCACAAUUAAAGUGCCCACCAACAAAAAUGCUACAUUCAUGGUAGUUUACGGUACGUGCGGUAUCUGCAUUUCACCAGAAAUAUUGGACUUGUAGUAGAGAAAAGAACAUUUAAAGUACAACUAAAGCACCGUUAGCUUAGCAGAGAUAUAGCAACUGCCUAUUUUUUCCACUAGCUCACAGGCAUGCAUAAAAUGAAUUAUGGGAAGAAUUUUCUGAGCACCAUUUGUGGUGGAAAGUGACAAAUGUUCUGGUACGAUAGUCCUGGAUUACAAGCUAACAUGCUAACUGUGCUUUAUAGUUGCCUAUAACAGCUUGUGCCUGCCGUUAAUUUCCCACCCUGCGUCAAACCCUCUCCAUACAAAGCGCUUUAUUGUGGAGUAUGAUAAAGGUUAGCAUUUCUCUAGCGCCCGACUGAAUGCUGUUUCCCGUACUGUGCCUUUCAGUUUCAGCCCCGACUGUAUUCACGCGUAGACUCGUUAUUAUAAAACAGUGAGAAUGUACCACGAGGUUGUGCUGUCGAUGUUUUCUACAUACGUUUGUUUCUAUAUUGAUUUCCAACAAUAAAGAAGUUUUUCGUUUUUUUAAAAA